CUCUCUCUUCCUCCGUCUCAUCCUCUUUUUUAUACACACACAGAGACACAGACACACUCACAUUGACGAGACUCAUCACCUUCCCAUGGCCUCACCAACCGAGCCACCCCAAACCCACCACCACCACCCAAAACCCAUCGCCCACUUGCUCAACUCCGCCACCGCCAGCCUCCUCUCCCUCUUCGCCGCCCCCAAAACGACGCCGUCUUCUUCCUCCCCUUCCACAAUCCGCCUCUCCCUCUUCCUCCCCACCUCCCCCAAACCCCUCUCUCCUCCUCCUCCUCAACCCGCCGCCAUGAAGACCGCCGCGCCGCCGCCGCCGUCGGAGUCUACCUCGUCCUCGUUCCCGGCGACGGUCAAGAUUGCCGGGCUCAAUUCCAUGAUCAAGGGCAGCGGGCCCGCCUUUGUGGGCCAGGUCUUCAGUAUGUGCGACCUCUCUGGCACUGGGCUCAUGGCCGUCUCCACCCACUUCGAUAUUCCCUUCAUUUCCAAAAGAACUCCUGAGUGGCUUAAGAAGAUGUUUGCAUCGGUGACUAAUAGCGAGAGAAAUGAUGGCCCGGUGUUUCGGUUUUUUAUGGAUUUAGGUGAUGCAGUUACGUAUGUGAAACGGCUGAAUAUUCCGAGUGGGGUGGUGGGUGCUUGUCGGCUGGAUUUGGCUUACGAGCAUUUCAAGGAAAAGCCCCACUUAUUCCAGUUUGUUCCAAAUGAGAAACAGGUCAAGGCAGCUAACAAACUUCUAAAGGGAAACGCAGAGAAUGGCAAAUGUAAAAGGGUUGAUGGAGUCCCAGUUUUUAGUGCUCAAAACUUGGAUAUUGCAAUAGCAAGUCCAGAUGGGGUCAAAUGGUAUACACCCUACUUUUUUGAUAAAAACAUGCUUGAUAACAUUCUUGAGGAAUCUGUAGAUCAGCAUUUCCAUUCUUUAAUUCAAACUCGGCACAUGCAGCGGAGAAGGGAUGUGGUUGAUGACAACUUGGCUGCAGAAGUGAUUGAAGAGAUGGGUGAUAACUUAUGGGAACCUCCAGAGGUUCAGGAAGUGAUGGAUGAAAUAGGGAAUCCUGGAAUACCAUUGAGUGUCAUAUCUAAGGCAGCGGAAAUGCAGCUUCAUUACACUGUUGACAAAGUAAUUCUGGGUAAUAGGUGGCUACGGAAGGCAACUGGCAUUCAACCAAAAUUCCCUUAUAUGAUCGAUACUUUUGAGAGAAGGAGUGCAGCUUCUUUUCUUAGAGCUUCCAAGUCAACCAACUGUCUUACCAAUUGUGAAGCAGUAAAUGAUAAUAAAGAUUCUCUACAGAGUAGCACUUGUGAUAUUAAACCAAAUGGUGAUAUGCAGACCAACAAAGGAAACAGAUCCGGUGUCUGGUUUCCUUUUGGAGAUUGGUUUAGUCAUCUAUGGUCAAAACAAAAGCACCAAGAUGGAAUCUUAUCCACACAAUACGUCGAUGAGACCUCACAGCUAAAUGUACACCUUCCUAAGAUUACAAUGGUUGGCAUUUCAUCAACUGGUGAGGCAGGGACCAUGAGUAGAGAAAGUGUAAGGAAAACAAUGGACGAUUUAACAAGAGAACUGGAGCAGACAGAUCCAGAAAAAGCCAGUGGUAUUGAGGCGAGCGAUGACUUUAGAUUUGAAGAUAGAGAUCCACUAUUUGUAGCAAAUGUGGGUGAUUACUAUUCUGGCAAGGCAAAGGGUGGAGCACGAUUUAGGGUUCGUGAAUGAAACAGUUAGAGGGCCACUCACUCACAAGUCAGGUGACAUUUUUGCUCUUCUGGGUAUAGUAGUGAAUAGCUUUGCGACCCUCUGCCACAUCUAAAGAAAAUGCAUUGUUAAUAUGCCAUGUAUUCUUUUCUACUGGGGUGUUAGAUUCUUUAUGUUUCGUGCUUUUGGAUGUAGUAAUGUAGAAUGUAUCUCACAAUAUGAAAUCUGAAAAUUGGUGUAAAAUGGUUUUUCAUAUUCAAUAUGAAGAAAUCAGGGGGUGGUGCAUUUUUCUUUUGUUUCCA